AUGCGCACACUGUCCAAGUUCGCCACAGCCGGAGAAGAGGGCGACUUUGCCAUCAAGUCGCCAGAGCAAGAAGUGGUGGGUCUGCAUGGACGAAGGAGGUUGCAACGGUCCGACGAUGCGCGAGGCAAAAAGACCGCCUCAACAUGGGCGAACCGGAACUGGAUGGAUCAGCAACGUCAAUUUCUGCAAGCAUACGAAUACCUCUGUCAUAUUGGAGAAGCCAAAGAGUGGAUGGAGGACAUAAUCGAGAGUGACCUGCCGCCGGUCGUGGAACUGGAAGAAGCCCUUAGGAAUGGUGUUACGCUCGCCGAGAUUGUGCAGGCGAUCAAAGGUCAACCGCUACGAAUCUUCCGAGACCCCAAGCUGCAGUACCGCCAUUCGAACAACUACGCCCACUUCUUCAAGUUCCUCUCGGAAGUCGAGCUGCCCGACCUCUUCCGCUUCGAAUUAGUCGACUUGUACGAGAAGAAGAACGUGCCCAAGGUCAUCUACUGCAUCCACGCGCUGUCAUGGCUUCUCUUCCGCAAAGGCAUCGUCGACUUCCGCAUCGGCAACUUGGUGGGUAAACUGCAAUUCGAAGACCACGAGUUGGAGGCAACGCAAAAAGGCCUGGAUAAGUCCGGUGUAAGCAUGCCCAACUUCUCUGGCAUGCAGGCAAACUUCCAAGUGGAACCGGAGCCCGAGCCCGUUGAAACAGAGGAAGAUCGCAUAGACCGCGAACUUGCAGAAAACGAGGACGUCAUUCUCGACCUACAAGCACAAGUACGGGGCGCUCUUGUUCGCAUUCGCCUGGGCAACAUGAUGCAAGAUCUCUGGGACAACGAACACCUCAUCGCAGAUCUUCAAUCGCGCAUCCGCGGCGACUGGGCACGUCAGAUCGCCUACUACCGACUGGACAUGCGACGAUUCGCCAUCACUCUCCAGAGUGCAGCCCGGGGCUUCAUGGUCCGAUCAAAAAGGCGCGGCGAAGAGGUGUACUGGCAAGACAAGGAGUUCCAGGUUUUGAAGGUGCAAAAUCUGUUCCGAGGUCGCAAGGCUAGAGCAGAGGUCCAGUACACUAAGUCCAAGAUCCAGCGACACGAGCACGGCAUCAGACAAUUCCAGGCCGCGAUACGAGGAGCCCUAGAGCGAUUACGUGUUGGUGAUAGUUACCACCAGACUCGCGAUACCGAGCCGGCCAUCAUCCAUAUCCAGGCUAUGAUUCGUGGUGCUCUCGUCAGACACCAAGUCGAUCGCGAGUGGGCAGAACUGAAGGAGAACGAGGCGCAGAUUGCGCAGAUCCAAGCCGUUGCUCGGGCAAUGCAAAUUCGCCAAUCGAUGCGGACUGACCAAGAAGGUCUACGUCGCCAAGAAUCUGUUAUUACUAUGCUACAAUCUGCCGCACGAGGCAUCAUUGCUAGAAGGAAGAAUGCCGAUGUGCAGGACAAGCUGGUAAGCUCUGACGUCAAUUGGUGCGAUCUUCAGUCCAAAGUACGAGGAGACGUCCUGAGGCACUCUUUGCAGCAAGUGCACGAAGCAUUGGCUGCUGAAGAGUACAAGGUCGUGGAUUUCCAAGCUGUUGCAAGAGGAGGAAGGAUACGUUCAGAGGUCGCGGAUACCGUCGCACAGCUGAGCGAACAGCAAAACGCCAUUCUUUCUCUUCAAUCGUACAUUCGCGGUUUUCUUUCACGCCAGAGGCACUUCUCUGAUCUCAAGGCACUACAGGCACAAGGCACGACCAUUCUGGAUCUCCAGUCAGCUUGCCGCGGUUUCGUUCAGCGACAACGUACCUACGAGAUCCUCUGUGAUCUAAAUGCGCAGGAACCUGAAAUCAUUCAGCUCCAGAGUGUUGCCCGUGGAGUACAACUACGCAUGCAAAUUGGCGUCCAGCUCGGUCAAGUCGAAGAACACGAAGAAGCCAUCAUGGAGCUCCAGUCUUUGGCGCGCGGCAUGAUGAUUCGCCAACAGUACGCCGAGAAGAAGCAAUUUUACAAGGAGAACAUGGAAAAGGUUAUCAAAAUCCAGAGCUUCGUCCGAGGCCGCCAACAGGGCGAAGCAUACAAGAGUUUGACCAGCGGAACGAACCCACCAGUGUCAACCGUCAAGAACUUUGUCCACCUUCUCAACGACAAUGACAUCGACUUCGACGAGGAGAUUGAGUUCGAGCGCCUGCGAAAGACUGUCGUCCAGCAUGUCCGACAGAACGAGCUCGCCGAACAAUACAUCGACCAGCUAGACAUCAAAAUUGCCCUCCUUGUCAAGAACAAGAUUACACUGGACGAAGUUGUCAAGCAUCAAAAGCACUUCGGCGGCCACGUGGGCACCCUGCUGAGCAGCAAAGACAUAUCUUCCAAGGAUCCGUUUGAUCUCAAGGCACUCAACAAGAACUCUCGGCGCAAGCUCGAGCAAUACCAAGAGCUCUUUUUUGUCCUCCAAACUCAACCACAAUACAUGGCACGCCUUUUCAGGAGAAUACGCGAACAGAAUUUGGCUGAGAAGGAUGCUAAGCGCAUCGAGCAGCUGACAAUGAGCCUCUUCGGACUGGCACAAAAGCGGAGAGAAGAGUACUUGUUGUUGAAGGUGCUAGCACGUUCAAUGAAAGAGGAAAUUGAAGGGUGUGGAACUCUGCAGGAAUUCCUUCGCGGCAACUUCUUCUGGGCCAAACUCUUCGGCAACUACGUACGAUCACCGCGCGACCGCAAGUUCUUGAAGGAAGUUUUGGGUCCGGUCAUCCGCGAGAACAUUAUCGAGAACGAGCACCUUGACCUGGAAAGCGACCCAAUGCAAAUCUACCGAUCAGCGAUCAACAACGAGGAGCUCCGCACUGGCCAGCGAAGCCGUCGUGAUCCCAAUGUGUCUCGUGACGUAGCUCUGAAGGACCCAGAAACCAGAGGAACAUUCAUCCACAAUCUCCAGGAUCUUCGAGAUGUUGCGGACCAAUACUUCUCCAUGUUCGAAGAAAUCCUUCAUCGCAUGCCCUACGGAGUUCGGUACCUGGCUCAGCAAAUGUUCGAAGAGCUGCGCCUGCAGUUCCCAUACGAAGCGCAAGAACAACUUCUCGUCAUCGUUGGCCACUGGGUUUGGAAGGCUUACAUCCAGCCCGCCCUCAUUCAACCACAACACUGGGGUGUUGUGGAUCGUGGUCUCUCGCCUGUCAUGAACCGGAACCUAGGUGCCGUUAAUAAGGUUCUUGGCCAAGUAGCAGCUGGAAAGCUCUUUGGUGGUGAAGACCUUUACCUUCAGCCUCUCAAUAGCUAUAUCGCGGAAGCCAUCGAUCGUGUCCAGGAGAUCUGGUCGAACAUGAUCAAUGUCCGCGACGCAGAGACUCAAUUCGAGAUUGACGAAUUCAAUGACCUCUUCGCCCGGACCAAGCCGACACUUUACAUCAAGCUUGCAGACGUCUUCGCCAUCCACAAUCUAGUCAUCGACGAUCUACCCAGUUUAUGUCCCAUGCAGGACGACCCACUUCGAGAAGUCAUUCGUGAGCUCGGAAGUGCAAAGAACAACGAGAAUGAGUUAUUGCACGUCAGCUCAACCGAGAUCACCUUGACUCUCAACCCCAAGUACCACGAGCAAGAGGAUCCUGAUGCGCAGAUCAAAUCACUCUUCAUGGAGACGAAGCGUUAUGUGCUUUACAUCAUCCGCAUCCAGACUGGUGCCAACCUCACCGAGAUCCUGACCAAGCCUAUCAUGCCCGAGGACGAAGAUCGCUGGGAUGCUCUUGUUCGUGAAGAGCUUGCGGCGCAGCAGAAGGACCGUUCACGAAAACACAGCCAACUGCGCUCAUCUGCCGCUUCCACUUACACAACCGACAUGGGUUCUAACUCCGUAUUGGACCUCGACUACCCGACCCUGAAACAAUACUGUCUCGAAAAUGUGGUGCACUUACAACGCGCUGGCCGCAUCUCACACCACAACAACUACCAGGACCUCCUUAAUGCUAUUGCCGUCGACAUCCAGGACCAAGCAUCGCCGUCGAACUCGAUGGCGUACGAGGCACCCUCGCCUGCCCUUGACGAGAAGGCACACUUCCUGGAAGGCCAACUCAAGAGCUACAACGACUACAUCGACAAAAAGGGCAAGAAGAAGUUCCUCCUUCCCUUCACACGCCAAUACAACCAUAUGCGCGAACUCCAACGAUCCGGCCGCUCUUAUCUCUUCGGCUCCUUCCGCUACUCAGCCCGCAAUCUAGCUGAGAAGGGCAUCCUGGUUUCUUGGAACGGCUACCCAGAGCGUCAGUGGGAUAGGCUCGACAUCACCAUCUCCUCGAAUCAAACGGGCAUCUUUGAAAUCCAAGGCUCGCAGGGCAGCAUGAUGAUCCCCGGUGCUUUUGCCGAAGUUCCCCUCGACGGCCUCCUUCAGGCGCAAUUCGACAACCACCAAUUCAUGAACUUGUUCGGAGAUGGUAAAGAUGGCUCGGGCUCGGGCGCCGUGCGUGUAAAUGUUAAUCUGUUCUUGCAUUUGAUUUUCAAGAAGUUCUACAAGGAGGGUUAA